AUGAACGUAUCUGUCCAAAAAAAAAAGACAUUACUACUACUAUCCUUCUUCCGUCUCUAGACUAGAGAAAAAAGAGAGGUAUGAAAGGAGGGAAAAACAAGAAUUCCGAUUUGGUAUCGGAUACCGAAACGGCACCGGCACCGGCACCAGCACCAGCACCAGCACCACCUUGUGAUGAUGUGAAUGAAAGCGAGGGCGCUGCUGAAGGGGAUGUGGGAAUCCAACAACAAGAAUUGACUGCUAAUGAUCAAAAGCCCAAACUUGCUGAAGGGUUUUAUGAGAUUGAGACCGUAAGAAGAAAGAGGAUUCGAAAGGGCAAAAUUCAGUAUCUGAUCAAAUGGCGAGGCUGGCCGGAGACUGCAAACACAUGGGAACCUGUCGAUAAUCUAAUGACGUGCUAUGAUGUUAUCGAUGCAUUCGAAGCGAGCUUGCAAUCAGGGAAGCAGCGUAAGCGUAAGCGCACUCAUGGGGUUAAUGACUCUCAAAUCAAAACAAAACAGCAAGAAGAACAUCAUUCCCCUGCAGAUGCAGUGAAGCUUAGGAUAAUUGAGGAACCUGUGCCUCUGCCUACAUUGGAUCACGUGGAUAGAAAUGCUAGUGGUUUUAAUAAUUUCAAAGUGGCGAAUGACAAUGAUUUAAUGUUGGAUUCCUCUCUAAAAAAAAUUGAAGAGCAAAACAAAUUGAAUUUGAAGCUUACUGAACUAAAGGGACUGAUGGCAACAAUAGAGGCCUCUGUUGAAAAGGGUGCAAUAGAGGCCUCUGUCGAAAAGGGUGCAAAAGAGGCUUCGGUGGACAAUGGGGCGCUGGCAACCAAAGAGGCCUCUGUGGAAAAUGCACUGCUGGCAACAAAAGAGGCCUCUGUGGUAAAGGGAUUCAUGACAGCAAAAGAGGCCUCUGUGGAAAAUAGGGUGAUGGCAACAAAAGAGGCCGCUGUGGUAAAGGGAUUCAUGACAGCAAAAGACUCCUCUGUGGAAAAUAGGGCGAUAGCAACAAAAGAGGCCUAUGUGAAAAUGGGAGUCAUGGCAACCAAUGAGGCCUCUGUGAAAAUGGGAGUCAUCAUAACAAAAGAGGCCUCUAUGGGAGAUUGGGUGAUGGCAACAAAAGAGGCCUCUGUGGUAAAGGGAGUCGUGACAACAAAAGAAGCAUCUGUGGAAAAUGUAGUCAUGACAACAAAAGAGGCCUCUAUGGACGAGGGAGCGAUGGCAGCAAAAGAGGCAUCUGCAGAUAGAUCCAACAAUACCUUCACAAAUGGAUUUUCAAUGGCUGAUGGAACAGAAUCACUUCAAUCUGGUCGCUGCACAGGAGCUAAAAGGAGGAAGUCUGCUUCUGUUCGGAGGUUUAUACCGCAAGCUACUUCAGGUGUAGUGAAGGAUCUCCAAGAUGCUGUAGCAAAUGCUACUAGUGGCCAUUUGGUUGCAUUACUGCAGGAAGAAGUUCACGAUCAAGGACUUGUGGGAAAUGUUUUGGGUUGUAAUAAUAAGUGUGAUCGGUUCAAAGAUACAUAUGCCAUAACAGAAAUUAUCAAGGCCGAGAGCUAUUCACCACCUGAUAUAGAAAAUGGCUUGAAGGAUGUAUCUGUGACCUUUCUAGUUAAGAGGUCAGAUGGAACAGAAGAUGUUGUGGAUAACAAGUUUAUGAAGACGAAUAAUCCACUUUUGCUGAUAAGCUAUUACGAGAAGCAUAUUCAACAUCAUCCGUCUCUAUGAGUGAGCUGAGGUGAAGGUGGAGCUGGUCUAGCUGGACUUGUCUCUAUGUUUAGUGUUGGAAUUUUGUUGCAACAGGCCAUAGGUAUUAAACCUGUUAGAUGCAAUUACUAGGGAGGUCAGUAAAUCUACAGAGUUAACGUUACAUUUUAUGAGAAACCUUGCAUUAGCUUCAGCAGUAUUUUCCCCAAAAAGAAAAAAAAAACUAGAAUAUUAAAUUUUUAUCUGAGUAUUACCCAAUACAUGCAAUGUAAAUUAUGAUAAUAUUCUUUUCACAUGUUAGGUGGCAAAACCAUUAUAGGUUUUGUAGGUGCAGACAUCACAAAUGUUUCUGAGUUUGUGGAAUUGUUCUGAUGGCAAUAGUAUGUUAUGGUUACACCUUUUGUUAAAUGAACAGAAAAUAUAAUUAUUUUACUCUA